CCUGAGAGACAAGAGAUGGCGAGCCAGGCCCAGAAUCAGCCCAAAGGCCCCAUGUCCAAAUCCUGUCGGAUCGUCAUCCCGACCCGUAAAAAGAGAAUUGAAUUGCGGAGAGGAGGAACAAAGGAAGGAAGGAUAGUGAUUCUGAUUCUCACGGACGUUCUAGGUUUCGGUGAAAUCUUCCUACUGGUUGGUUUGUGUGUGAGGAUUCCUCAGAUCUUCGCAGGUGUGAUGGAUGCUCAGGCGAAGAAGAAGGCGCUGUUCCGAUCUAAGCUCAACGCCAAGAAAAAAGACUCCCGCAUCGAUUCUCCUCUCGUUAGGUACAACGAAUCAGAUCAGCCUGUGUGUCGAGUGUGCAAUAUCGUGUUGAAGUCCGAAUCACUCUGGGAUGUCCACCAAGCUUCUCGUAAGCAUCACGAGGCUAUCGAUAAUUUAAAGGCUAGUGCAGCAGCUGGAACUCAACGCGGGAGCAAACCUGCUGAAACCAAGCCAACCAAACCUGAUAUAUCAUCCAAAUCUCAGACAUCAUCAUCUGGUUCUGGUCUCCCUCCAAAUUUCUUCGAGUCUUCUAUUAAACAUCCUGAAGUUGAAUCUUCAAAACCUAAGAACGUAGUACAGCAACCAAAGCAGAUUAUAGGUUCGGAAAUAAAUAAGACAAAAGGACCUCUUCCAGAAGGGUUCUUUGAUAAUCAGAAGAUUGAUGAUUCUUCGGAUAACAAAACCAACAGUGAGCCUAAACAGAGUCUGACACAGACCACGGGUACUGUGGUGAAAGGAGCUCUUCCCACUGGUUUUUUCGAUAAUAAGGAAGCUGACCUGCUUGCCCGUGGAAUUAAGCUCGUCAAACCAGAUAUUAAGGACGAAUAUAAAGAAUUUGAGAAGUUGAUACAAGAAGAUCUGCAAGUAGUGGAUAGUCGCAUGGAAGAAGAAGAGGUUGAUGCUGCGGAAACUAUAGAAGAGGAAGAACAACGAGAGCAGAGAUCAUACAAAGAGAAAGUGGAGCUUCUGAAGAAGAGGAAGAUGGAACUGAAAGCAGCUAGGUUAGCUAAGCGCAGCAAAACCUCUGAGGGGUCAGUUAAAAAGCCGAAGAAGACUGAAGAAGAAUCGCCCAGCGAUGAGGAUGACGAGGAAUCUGCUGUUGAUUGGAGAGCUCAACAUGUUUGAAACUAGACACACUGUUCCUCUCAUAAACAUUCAGUCUUGUGUUAGAAAUACUAAGGGACAAACGAAGCAAUUUCUCUUGUCAUAUGCAAUUAAUUGUUAGUUGGUUAUAGUUAUCGAGUUUGCGGUUACAAUUUCA